CACAGUUUUAAACAACUAAAGCGCCACCGUUGGAGGCGCCACACUUUGCAGCAGAAGCGCCACUUGUCGAGCUGGGCAAGCAGUGUGGCGUGGAUCCCGCCAAUUGGGCGGGACGCUGCAGUCCCAAGUCGAAGCGACGCCACAGGAUAACCAUCGCCACAACGGGGAAUGUCUCCAACGAAAUGGAAACGUACUCCGAUCUUAUCAGGUGGCGACUCCCGAAUUUGGCCUCAGCUAAGAGUCGGUGCAGUCAGCGGAGGUGUCUUCCACGAUCACACAGGCACAGGAAAUCGUGGAUUUGUAUACUGGCGGCUCCCUAUCCUAAGUGGAGCCAUAGAAGCAGCAGCAGCCGAAGAGAGGUGGAUGAGAGCUGCAGUGGCAGCAGCUGUAACAGCUGUGAGGCAGAGGGGGGCUGCAGCUCUCCCUCCUCCUCCUCCUCAGACGACGAGUGGUGGGGCCCCCCUCGCCUCACCCACCCCCACCCCAAUCACACACCCCUAACACCCCUCUACGUCUGUCACUCGGACACCGAAGCAGCCAUGCCCGGUGGAUUCGAGAAUAGUGCUAUGAAAACAUGCUUCUCUCUAUCCUCGCUGCAGCGCUCUAGCAACAGUCUAGAGAGUCCUGAGCACGCCAGGUUGAGAGAAAGGCCAUAUAAUUCGCUCAAGAAGAAAAGCAGGAAUGAUCCGGAUACUGAAACGUGGCAAAGAUCCCCCGGAGCAUGCGCCAAUGAGGAGAACAAGGAUGAAUUCUGGGCAGCUCUCAAGAAUAACUACCAGUACCUGAUGGACAACAACCUCAUAGAGAGCUGCAGGGAAGCUGGGAAGGAAUUGGGAUAUCCAGACACAGACUGGAGCUUCGACAAGUUAACGGAUCAAUUUGUCGAACUCAAUUCCUGGCUCACUUCCAUUCAAGAGACUGUUUACAGUAGAGAAGAGACUGUCGUAGAUCCACUUUUGAAGAGGACGCAAUUUGAAGAGUUACAGCGCAAGUCAUAUAGAAGAAAGCUGUUCAACAAUCAAGGUGAUAGAUUAGUGGCGAGAUUUCCGGAACUGAAGAACGAAGUGGCAUGGCGAAUCGAGCACCUGAAUACCAAAUGGGAGAGACUAGAACAGACUGUAUCACCGCGCACCAAAAUGCAUUCAGCUCACAUGGAUGUUUGUAUCGAUGUGGAGCAUGAGCUGAUGUGCCUGAAGAAAUGGAUCAAACAGACCGACAGGAAGCUGCCAUCAAUCGACUUUCACUCAAAAUGGACGCCUGCCGAACUCAACGAGAAGAGCAAGGAACAUGAGGUUGUCCAGCGCGAUGUGGAAUCACACGCGAAGAUCGUGCGCCGCGUGGUGAAGCUGUGCGAGCGAGUGUCGAGCGACUGCAGCGAUUGCAGCCGCAGCGACUGUAGCGACGCGGCUGUGACGUCAUUUGUGCGUGGACGUCGUCUGGAGCCCACUCAGCUCAUAAAGCACGCGCGAGCGCUCGAACGCCGCUGGGAACACCUCUACCUGCGCUCGCUCGAGUGGCUGUGCCAUAUCGACCAAGUCGCCAGUACUUUACGCAACUCUAGUCCACAAGAAAACGAACUCUUGAACAGUCCUGAAAGUGAUGAAGAACCGGUAUUGAAGCACGCCCGACUCAGCGACCAAUCUCUGGCCUGGUCCAACGAUCCUCAGUGUGAUGAUUUGGUCAUCGAUGAAACAAUGAUUUCGAUGGACUGUUACACAGCCGAUGAGAUAAUGGUCGGACCCCAGGUGAGCAUGGAGUACAGACACCACAGCAACCCGGAAAUCAUGUCCGAGGUUGACAUGUCACUGAUUCCGAAAUCGAGCAACUCGCAAAACGACGACACAGCGAACGAGUCGCCAAAGACUGAGCAACCCUCCAAGCUGCCCCGCAGGCAGAGUGUUCCACUCGAGAACAUCUCGGCGAGGAGACAAUUCCUUGAUGAGACUUCAAGAUUCAACCAAUCGGGCCGACGCGGCAAUAACUGCGCUGUGCUCUACUUCAAACACCCGGACACCGAUUCUGAACACGAGGCAGCCAAGGAGGCGGCAAUGCUCCAAGGCGACGAGAAGGUGGCGACUGAGGAGGGCGGCAACGCCUCCUCUGGGGGCGGCAACCUGAUGUCCUCUUCAGAGGAGGACGAGUGGACAUACCGCUGUGGCGACGAGGCCGAGGCCAACACUUGUGCCAACCUCUCUUCCGAGGGAGGCGCUUCGCUCACUCGGUCCGAUUCGCAGAGGUCGACGGCCACCGCUCAUCACAACACGACACUGCCUCGUACCAUAAGAAGGCUUGUCAACAAGGCUGAAGAACUUGUUCGUGAGGAGGUCGUUUGUGCUUCCCCGGCAAGGAAGGCUAGUCGUUUGUUUGAGCCUCUGCGUUUUGAUGGCUCGUCAAAAAGUAAGAAUUCAAAGGUCAAAGAAUGGCUACGUCUCCAGGCACAGGAUAUUGAUGAUAAGGCGUUGGAAUUAGCUUUUGACGGCAGUGCGUUUUCUUGUCAGGCGGUCGGCGACAGUUGCGACGCGAGCAGCGAGUAUACAACGGGCGACGACGAUUUUGAGCGACACUCGAGCGACGAAUUCAACACCAGCAGCAACGCGACAGCGACCUGCCAUCAGUCGUCCGACGCGCUUGACGGCGGCUCCACCAGCUUCUACAACGACAAGUCGUCUCCAGCCACCAUCGUACCCAACUCGCCUGAACAUACUAAGGUUGUAAUGAGGUUGAAACGGCGCGAAGGCCUGCAGGUGCGACCUUGGAGCCUUUCGGGCAUCCCUCAGCUGCUGAGUAGUGACGCUGCGCAGCUCUCUCACUCGCUCUCCACCUCCGAAUCAGCGCUGCAUCAGCUGCAGAGCAAGAUGGAGAGCACUCUGUCGUCGUCCACUGUCGAGGAGGCGACCGCCGUCUCCUGUCAGCAGGACGGCAGUGGUGGGGGGUAUAGUUCCAACUCGCUGCGACGUCGCAAGCUCAAGUUGAGGAAGAGGAAUGCUGGUCGAAAGAGUGACUCAGGAUCGGACGGAGUUUGUCAGUUGGAACCAGGCUCAGCGCUGAAGAGCACCUCAGUUCUGAGGAGGGUGGUGACCAACAGUGGCACAGAGACUGAGGAGGAGUGCUGUGAGGAGGCCUUGGCAGGAGGCGGGGUAGGAGGAGGAUUGGGGGCAGGACCAGUGGGAGGAAAGGGAGGUGCCCGUGCAGUGAGGAGGAAGCUCAUGGCACUGCCUGCGUUCCGCCUCGGUCCCACACUUGGAGUGGUGACCAAUUUCAGCAGCUCCACUCCCGGGGAUAAGGUGGUUUCGGCCGAUAGCUCGUUCUCUGAGCAGGCUUGGGAUAGUUACCAGGAGAAGUACAUGAGCGAAGCUUACAGCGAAGAGACAGCUGAUCCAGAGACGGCCAGAAGACUUCUGGAUUUCGGAGACGACUACCGCAAUUUCAUCGACAGCCAGUCCGACUGUGCAUCCAGCUUCGGUCGCCCCCUCCAUCGGCGUGGCAGGCUGCCUGCUGAAGAUAGUUCCAUGAUAGAUUCAGACUCGGAUGAAAUGGAUGACAUUAACAGAAUGAUCCAUCAGUCGAGCACCCAGUUCCUUGCGUGUGAGCAGUUCAUCAAUCGAGAAACAUCCAAUCCUUCCCCGCAAUUCGUCAUCAAAACCAAGUUUGAUGAAGUACUUGCAAUCAGUGUGAGAAACGUUGACUGUCUCCGAAAAUUGGUGAAAUUCAUUGAGGAGAGUGAUAACAUCGUGUCCCCACAGGAAUGCAGAGAAAUAAGAUUGUUGAUAGAACGGUGGGAAGCACUAAAGAGCAAGACGGAAGACCUGCAGCGUAUGUGCUCCCUUCAAAUCGAGAUGGCUUCUUACAAAGACAGUUUGUCCGAAAUGAACAAUCGUCUCAAUCAGCUAGAGAAGGACAUUGAUGAUCAGGAUGAAUUGCAGCAACGCAUCAAACUUGUCAAGAAUGAGCUGACAUCUCUGAAAGACAUGAAAGAACAGCUGAUGCAGGUGAAGGAAUCGGUUCACAACUUUUUGUCGGAUACAGGCAACGCUUCUUCCGCCAUCCUCAAGGAGGAAGUGGCUGAUCUAUUACGUCAGUGGGAAGAUGCUUCAAAGAGAGUGAAACAACAGUUGAGCACACUGCAGUCACUGUCGGACGCAUGGCAGCUGUUUGAAGUGCACCUGUCUGAGCUGCAGUUGGCGCUGCGUGGAGACCACAAGACCAUGCUAAUGCUGGACACGGCACUCAACAAGGGGGGCACUGUCUCCUCCGACGUUGCCACGUCUGUGCGCGAUGUUGCCAAAGUGCUAUCCGAGAAACAGGAUGGUUCUAGUGAGGACGGUUUGUUAGCUUCGACCGAUUCGUCGAUAGUGGUGCUCGGGUCGCAGACCAUAGAGGGGGGCUCCUGCUCCGGCUGUGGCUUCGUGUCGGACAGUGGCAUUUCCGACUCGGGUUCCGACCAGGAGAUGAGUGAGAGGGAGAAACGACUGGCUAUGCUGAGGCGGCUGGCCAGGCAACUCGAGGCUGAACUGUCCAAGCAUUGGCCGGGCUCAAAGGCUAUCAACGACUUGAAGAAGCAAAUUUGUACCAUCGAAACAAAGCUUAAGGACCUCCAGCAGACAUGUAGGCAGUUGAUUGUGAGAACGGCCGAGUGUGCUGAGGCUAAGGUUGCUAGGAAAUCUCUUCCAUUAGAUUUCGCCAAUAACACUGUUGAUGUCGCUCCACGAAUUCUUUCCUCCAGGCAAUGUGACAAGAAAGCCUGCUCGAGCGACAACCUUGGCCUAGGAGACCCCGACGACCCAGAGCCCGGAAAACCGAAUUCCUGGCUUUGGCGAGUGAUGCGAGCAGCCCUGCCUUUCCAAAUGGCAAUCAUGGCGAUUUUCUGCAUCGCCUGUCUGCUGGAACCCAACUGCUGUGACAACAUCAACAAUCUCAACCUGUCCUUUUCGCCCCAAUUGCGCUAUUACAAUGGUUCACCACCGGUUUAAACCAGUUCCAACUUCUAGUGUGUGUCGUACACCCGUACCCCUGGACUAUCAAAUGAGAACCGAAUCAUGCAUAUUCAUUGUCAUACUCUUGAGACAACAGUAUGAUAUUAUAUAAUGUCUUCUCUAUAAGAUUGAUUUACAUCGUGUACAACCAUAGAGAUAAGAUAGCAUAUGUGUAUCGCCUUGUAAUUUGCUACAUAAUUACAAAUAAUUUUUUAGAGCAUUUUAUUAAUAGCAUAUUUGUUGUUGUUUUUUGUAAUUACAAAUAAUUAAAAAUUACUUAUGCUAUCUUUCCUCUAUGGUACAAUCGAUUAAACAUCUAAAUCAAAUUAUUCUAUUCUUCAGUUAUUCAUAUUGAAAUACAUAUGAAUGCGAAUUAGUCCAUCAUCAAUAUAAAAAUUGAAUGGUUUAUCAAAUCAAAUUUUAUUCUUCAAUUAUUCGUAUUGAAAUGAAUUCAUAUUGGACCAUCACAAGUGAAGACCAUCAACAAAGUAAAAAUUGAUGAAACUUUCAAAUCAAUUUAUAUUCUUCAAUUAUUCACAUUGAAAGUAAUGCAUAUGGACCACCAUUAUCUUAAUGAGAUUGAAUGAAUAAUGUUUGACCUAUUCUCAUUCCUUUGAACAAGGGUACGGGUGAGAUGUAAAGAACAUGGAAACAUUAUUAUGAUAUUGUAUUUCAUGGAUUGUGUUAUUUAAACGUUGAUUGUAUUCAAUAAAUUGUGUUAAUCGUUUAAUGUAUUUUAGAUGUUCUUCUGAAGCUCUACAAGACUCAGACAUCAUCGGGUUUUUUUGUUUUUUGAAUUGUAAACUAUGGUUUAUGAUUUUUUAUGAUUCUCCAUGAAUUUAGGAAAAUUUGUCAAUUUGUAUUGAUUCAUUCAUAUUGAAUGAUGAUUAUUAUUAUUCUCGUGUCAGUUUUAUGAAACAAACCUUAAAUUGUUUAUUUUUGUUAGAAUUAUCGUAGAUUAUCACAGAACAACUUUGCUUCUGUAGUUGAAGAUUCUUCCAGCGUAAUUUCGCUUUUAUUUAUGUGAUUCUGCUCUGUCACUGCUUCACUUCUUUAUAGUUUUAUCUACUUUAUUUUUUACUAAUAGACUUACAUAAUAUGUUAUUAGUAAAUAAUCGAACAUACUUAACAAUUUGUGUGUACAGUGAUUCGAGCAGAAGAAAAGAUCCAAUCGUCAAAAUAAUUUAAUAAAAACUACGAUUGUAUGAAAAUUUCCCACUUGAUGAUCAUCGGAAUAUUCAUCAAGUGAGUUUUUUUGAACUAUAUAUAUUCUUCCAAAACGAGAAUUUAUUGUGAAUUGCAUUUUCCAUCAUGGGGAGUCCAUCAGGGUGAUUAUAUCUGACUUGAUUAAACAAUUAUUAACAUUUAGCAUAAUGCUCGUCCUCCAUAUCAUGCAAAGAAAGUCAUAAUUUUUUUAAUUUUCCAAAAAUUUUAAAUAUGGAGUCUUUGCAUUGGCGAGGCAUUGACAAAUAUGGGUAAUGAUGGUAAAGGACGGUGAAGAAAGAAGCAUUACAUAAAUACUUUUGUCUUUUCUCAAUUUUAACAUCUAUUAAUGUACUUAGUAAUGUUGAGUGCAAAGAUUUUAACGAAUAUGAUUGACUAGAGUAAUUUAAGUCAUGAAAGCGGAGGUAUUUGUGUGGCUUUAGUGGGGUGUGUCAUUCUUCAUGGAAAGGGAUCGUCGUUAGUUAGUGCCUUCUUUGUCUAUUAUCUAUUACCUUCAAAUAAUGGAGCUUAUGUGAAUAGUUAGUCUUACGGUUUUCAUGGUUUGGAUAUACUAUCACUAAUUUAUGGAUGUAGCAGAGGGAGUCAAUAAUAAUUAUUGUGUAAUUGUUCGGCGGUAGGUCUAAUAAUUAUGAUUGUUCUGUGCAUGCUAUUCAAUGUAAUUUCUAAGAGGUUUUGGUUGAACAUGUUUAAAUGGAUCACCACUAUUUGACGGGUAAUUUGUGCGGGAUUUUUUCUAUCAAUUUCUGAUCUCAUUGACUAUUUUCAAUAUCUUCAUUUCCAGCUAAUUCAAAAUGUUGUUUGCUUAAAGAUGAGAACGUAGCAUUUUGAAUUUGAAUCUAUAUUUUCAGAAAUUCAGAUCGCAUUUUGAGUAUCCUAACAACAUCUAUGAGGUAAUUAUCAUCUCAAGGAUAGAUUAUAUUAAUUGAGGAAACUUAAUUAUUUAGUGAAUCAAAAUAGCAUUCGAUUUGUAUUUGCUUGGUUAUCAAGUUGAUUAUAUAUUUUUCAUACUAUAUUAAACUUGUUCAUAUAAUAAUUUAGAUCAAAAGUGUAGUUUGAAAAUAGAAUAGAUUGAAUAUGUGUAUGUAUGUAUUCGUGUGUGAAUGUAGUUAAAUGAUUUUCCGAAUCAUGAAUGUAUGUGUUAUACUUUUAUUUUGCCUCUAGUUGUAGAUGUUAAUCCUAGUUCUAAGGGCUGAAGAAUUCUGUUCCACUUAUAAGUUUUUACUUCUCUAUUUUAUACUUGAAAUCUUAAUACAUCAGUCUCUCAAUGAUUGUUCAGUAAUAACUCUAUUUAAACAUUUGUGUAAUUGAAGAUUGUUAAAUUCAAUAAUAAUUAUUCAUUAUGAUAAUGUACUUACUGUAUAAUUCUAACGUUGCAAAAUAACAUACGAGUUAUAGAUAGUUUUUUACAAAAGUACUAUAAUAAUUUCAAAGUAAAAAUUCACACUGCCUUAAAAUUGAUAAAAAAUUAAAAAUAUAUAUGAUUAAAGCUCUUAACUACAAAAUCAUUAAUGGAUUCCAUUUUCGUAACCAGUUUGACUGAUUUCAAAUAUAAUUCAUUUGAUACCCAAUUUUUAUUAAUAAUAGAAAUGAUCUUAAUAUAGUUUUAAACGUUUUCUAAAAUCUUCGAUUCCCCUAUUCUGAUUUGAAUUAACUCUUUUAUUAAUUAAAAGCUUCAAAUAAAAAUGAAACUAGAUUUUUGAAAUCCACUGACAUAAUCAAAAAAGUAAUUUUUUGUCAUAUUUAAUGAUAAUAUUUGGGACAGGUUUUAAUGCUAAAAUUAUAUUCGGAUGAGAAUUUUGUGAAAUUUUAGUUUGUCUUGUGUUACUAAUUCGAUUCUCAUAGAAUCUUAUUUAGAUGAUAAGCUGAAAAUGGUACAAAUUUAAUUGAGAUUUUCUUACCAAUUUUAUAUUUGCGAUAUUUAAUCUUUUUGUCGGCUAUAAAUUAUUCUUGUAAUGUCUGAAAAAUUAAACUGGAAUUAUCUAGGAAUUAUGUGUUUCUUACUCCGAUGAUACUUCAAAUAAAUAAUUCAACUAAACUUCAACGGCUUAUAACAUUUGUUAGUUACCAGUGCUAGUUACAAACAAAUCAAUUAUAUUAUUAAAAUCAAGAGUUUUCAAUGACGUUGAACUGAUGUCUUCCUUUUGAUACAUUUUACAAUUUAGUUGGAUAAGAAUGAAAAUUAUAUUCUAGAUUAAUAUUUAUCAUUGUUUUACGAUUGUGUUUAAUUGUCAAAUUUGUUUUACAGAUACUUCAAAUUCGUAUUUUCAAGGUUUAUUUUUAUGAAGUUGGAACUGUGUGGUGUACCAUUUGGACCAAAGUGUUUUGUAAUCAUGAAGUCUAUAAAAGUUUGAGAAGGCUCAUAAAAUGAGCCAAAAGAUAAGUAAAAAUUCAUAACAAUGGAUUUAUGUGAAUUAUUGAAUUUUACCAUCUAUGUGAAGGAUCAUGAUGGUCUUUUUGUUUGAUUGUUUAUCCAGGGUCGAUUUUUAUUUAUUUUUUUGAGUUUUUUAUGAGAAUAAUCAUACAAAAGAGGCAUGAUUCAUUUUCACGUCUUUUAAACUUCCAAUAUUAUACAUAACUUCCAAUAUUAAUAUCAUACUAAAUGGUUUGACUUGAAUUACUCCAAAGUGUAGACCUACUAUUGUUCUUGUGAGUCAUUCUAGCUCAUGAAUUGUGUUUUCAUUUUAUUGUGUAUUUUAUAGGUACCAUCAGUCUUAUUCAAACAUAGCUAAGCAAGGUUUGAACAUUCUAUGACUUGAACCAAACAAUAUUUCAUUCCAUUAUGUUGCCCAAAAAUAAUGUUUAUGUGUAAUCCUUGAAUUAUACUUUGAUGUUUUCUUUCCAGGUUGAUUUUAUUUUGUAGAAUGUUGAUGUAAAACAAAAAAAAAGAAAAAUAAUAAAUGUUUUGUAAAUAA